AUCACACUAAAAAAGCAAUCCCACUAUCCACACCUACCACAAUAUGCCAACUUUGCUCUAUACUUCCCCCAAGUGUUCAAAUUCAACUGAUCAGAUAACAGACUUGAAAACCAGUGGCAUCUCUUCUCUCCCUCACCCCUAAAACAUCUAUUUAGAGGAUUGAUUCCAUCUUCAUAUUCCUCCUGAUUCACACUUAAAAUGAGUAGUGCUUCACAAGUCCAACUCACUUCCUCAACAGAGAAUAAUCACCAUUACCUUAAACACCUAGAUUUCUUCUUGAGACUCUCUGUUAUACCUUUCAGUGUUGCAUCUAUACGGGUAACUGCCAUUACUAAGCAAGAUAACAGUACCUAUGGGAAUUUGGAAUUCAAUAAUAUCAUUGGCCUCAAGUACUUGAUCUGCAUCAAUGCCAUUUCUGCUUCCUAUGCUCUUGUUGCUAUUGUCUGUUCAUGGUUCAAGUUCUUGUUAACGAAAGCUUGGAUUUUCUUUGUUUCAGAUCAGAUUGUAGCUUAUUUGAUUGUCACAUCCGGUGCAUCGGUGAUUGAGAUACUUUAUCUGGCUUACAACGGUCAUAAAGAAGUUUCGUGGAGUGAAGCUUGUAGUUCUUAUGGAAAAUUUUGCAGUAGAGUGAAAGUUGCUUUCAUUCUACAUGUUUUUACUUUCUUCUGUUUCUUAAUUUUAUCGGUAAUGUCUGCUUUUAGGGUCUUUAGCAAGUUUGAUCCUCCUAGUAUUCCUUCUAAAGGAGUGGAGAAUGAUGGAGAAAGCUAGAAGAAUGAAGCUAAUGUAUGAUGUUAUACACUGUAUGAAUAAAUGGUACUAGAGCUAGCCAUUUAUCAUUUUAAGGCUAGCUGCCGGAGAAAUUAGGCAAUGAUAAUGAAAAGUGGGAGGUGAUAAUCUCUAUGAAUGUGUAUUUCAAGUGUGUUUCUUUCUCC